CGUUCGCACCCCCUCACCCACAGUCCCGCCCGGAUCGACUGCCCUGCUUGCGCACCUGCAGCCUCCGCUUUCUGCACCGCCUGCUUCGGAGCCGGGAACCUCCGCUACGAUACCACUCCAAAGCCUGCUUGCAAUCUACGCCGGCGCGACGCUGGUCUGGACGGCCCCUCGCAAUCAUGACGGAAGUGCAGAGAGCCGUUGCCCCCGCCCAGCAGAUGGAGGAGGCAGCCCAGGCGACAUACGACUUCAAUUUCAGCGACUUCCUGCGGCGGGAGUACCGCUUCGGCCUCGACCCGGAUCGCCCAGCAUGCAAGGCAUACAUGCAGGGCCACUGCCCGCUGGGCAACCGCUGUCCAGAUAGGCACCAUGUCUCGUCGUCGUACAACAAUCUGGUGUGCAAGCAUUGGCUGCGCGGCCUCUGCAAGAAGGGCGAGACCUGCGAGUUCCUGCACGAGUACAACCUGCGCCGCAUGCCCGAAUGCUCAUACUACGCGCGCACGCUGACAUGCUCGAACGGCGAUGACUGCCUGUACCUUCACAUCGACCCCGAGUCCAAGCGCCCGCCGUGCCCACACUACGAUCGGGGCUUCUGCCCGCUUGGCCCACAUUGCGCGUUGAAGCACAACAAGAAAGACAAGCUGUGCCCCUUCUAUCUGGCAGGCUUCUGUCCCGAGGGGAAGGCAUGCUUGAAUGGGGCACAUCCUAGAUUCCCUACGGAUCUCAAGAAACCCGAGGUCCGCGUCGAGAAAUCCCCAGAAGAGCUAGAGCGGGAGCGCGCAGAGAGGGAGCGCGAACAGCAAGAGGACGAGAGAGAACGUGAUCGGGAUGACCGGGGCCACCAUCACGGAGGUGGGCACAAGUUCCGUGGCAACUGGGGGGGAGAGCGUAAGAGGCGGGGUGGCAGGAAGCGCCGUGGAGUGUACUGAUCGUCAAGCUUUUGCUUCCAGAAGUGCCUCGUUGCAUAAAUGCCCUCGGCUGAUCUUAUCGGUUGUGUAGGAUCUAGCACAAAGACAGCGACACGUCAAAAAGAGGAGGAGAGCGGAAAGCGUGCGACGCUUUCACAAAGAUAGUUCAGACUAGAUUGCGGUAAGCUGCAACAUCCCAUACAUUGGCUAGGCAUCCCAUAGGGCUGACGAUCGACGAUAGUCAACCAGGGUUAGGUACCACCUAGUCGCACACGAACGCAACAGGUUGCCGUAGGUGUGCAGUUGCAAUUGUCG